GAACUUGAGUUGCUCAACCGCCCCUAGCCCGGUGCUCAUGACGCGCUACGGUUUUAUCUUUUGAUAACAAGCUCAAAACACUAAUCCACUCCUUUCCUAGCAGGCUAAGCUCAAAACACUAAUCCACUCCUUUCCGCUAAGUAAUUAAUCAAACAUAUUGGUGAUUUCGUCGGUUGUUGUUGUUAUAAGACAUUGAUGUAAGUUCUAGGGUUAAUACCUUGUUAUGGCCUGAACUAUGACCAUGUAAUCAACUUUGGCCAGUGGUUUGAGAAAUUAACAUCCUGGCCCGAACUAUGCAGCAUAUAGACAAAAUUGGCCUGGAGCGUGGUUUGACCAUUUGUUUGGACGGUCAACACCGUUGACCGUUAGUCAACUGUCCAGGUCACUGCCAUGUCAGCAUAAAAAAAUUAUAAUUUCAUUUUUCUUUUUAUUUCAUUUACAAAAUUGAAUAAUUAAAAAAAAACAAAUACAAAAACUUUUUGUCCACCCAUCCCCACCUUAUCCCCUCACCUUCUUUCCUUUUCGAUCAAACCCAAACAAACCCUAUCUUCCAUCUUCUUCCUCCUUCUUCCCCGACGAGCCGCCACCUCCAUUCUCUCCGACUUCAAAUGCAGCGGAGAGCCGCCGCCUGCAUCAUCUUCACCAGCUUCCCCUGCAGGACGAAUCCGGGCAAUUUGCUCAUCGACAGGUUCGGGGAAAGCAUCCCGUUCAUCCAUGUCAAGGUCGAAAGCUGCCGCCUUUCCGAUUUCCUCAAACGCCGUGAACCGGAAAACCUCAACUGCCUCCUCCCUCGAGCUCCCUCCCGUCGAGAAAGCUUCGAAUUCGAAUUCGCAGCUGGUUCAAAAUCAUCGCCGUGGAAGCGGCGGCGGAGCAAGCUGAUCAGAAUCAUUGCUCCAAGCGCGGCCGGAUUGGUGGUUUUGAUCCUGGUGGCGGCGGUGCUUGUUUUGUGCCUAGUUCGGCGGAAUGGGAAGGCGAAAGAGAAUGCGGAAGCGAAAGGCAGAGACAGCGGCGGGGGAAGCUUGGGCGGCGGCGGCGGCGGAGAGAGCGGGGGCCCCAGUGGUGGAAGGCAAGGGGGGUUUUCGUGGGAGAAAGGGGAGAGCAUGGGAACACUGGUGUUCCUUGGCGCAGGGGAUCAGGUGAUGAGUUACAGUUUGGAGGCGGCGGCUCGUCGGGGAAGAAGGAGGAAGAAGAAGGAAGAUAGGGUUUGUUUGGGUUUGAUCGAAAAGGAAAGAAGGUGAGGGGAUAAGGUGGGGAUGGGUGGACCAAAAGUUUUUUUUUUAAUUGUUCAAUUUUGUAAAUGAAAUAAAAAGAAAAAUGAAAUUAUAAUUUUUUUAUGCUGACAUGGCAGUGACCUGGACAGUUGACUAACGGUCAACGGUGUUGACCGUCCAAACAAACGGUCAAACCACGCUCCAGGCCAAUUUUGUCUAUAUGCUGCAUAGUUCGGGCCAGGAUGUUAAUUUCUCAAACCACUGGCUAAAGUUGAUUACAUGGUCAUAGUUCAGGCCAUAACAAGGUAUUAACCCUAAGUUCUAUUGGUGGAAUUUUCGGGAAUUCUCUACUCUCUAGUGUCUUGACGGGACUGAUGUAGUGUAAUUUUUACCGGCUACAACCGGUCUUUGACUUUAUCCAUUAUUGGGCUACGGGAACAAAGAACAAAUAAUAAAUAUUUCCAGUUUUC